AACGUAUUAGCCUCACGUUAAAUUAUUUUAUUAUGUGCGUGGAAGCCAACAUGUCGUCGCCUACCCAGUGCGAGUACCCUUCUUAUGAUGUGCUAGAGUCAAAGAACACCAGCACUUCCUCUUCCUCCACAUAGCCAGAGGUGCUAACUCGUGACAUCUUGCCAGUGUCAAGGCAAUCGUCUCCACCUAUUUUCGCUCGCAAUCCUUCUGGUUGGCAUCUACAAUUUUUCAUCAGAAUAGAUGUCGAGGGUUCUUUCCACACGUAUCCUAGUUUGGGCGGGCCAUUUCAGAGCUUGCAGGAAGCUGAGAACGCUAUCACUAGCCAUCUUGAUGAGUUGCGCUCUCCAAUGAUGUGCACAGAUGGGCUUUCGGAUGCUGAGAUUGGUAUAUUACACGCCCUUCAUUGGCCUGAUGGCACAAGGAAGAAAUCUUCUGAAGGCAAUGCAGAACAUAGGAAUAUCAGCUUAUUGGUUCAAGCGUUACUAGACAAAUACAAUGAAGAUCAUCAUCUUUUGGGGGAUUUUGCAUAUGAACUUGAUGGUGUUGUUAUCUUCCGAGAAUUUGUUGAGGGGGGGAAAGUGACUAGGUUCUAUCAUAUCAAUCUGGCUACAAAAACCAAAGGAGAAGAUGGUUUGCACAGUGGCGUCAACAAUCUAUUUUUUGCUGAAGUCAGACAAAUUAAAGGAGAAAAUGUAUAUGUACUCAGUUGUUUAUGUAUGGUUAAAGCUACUGACAAUGGCCAAUGCUAUGGUUGCCUGAGUUAUGGAAAUGUUGAUUUGAGGCACCCUGUUGAUACUGAUAAAUACAAAGGUGGGCACGCUGCCUCGCGCUUACCAUGUUGCUGUUUUGAUCUACGGUGUGAUAUUAUCCCUGGCAUAGAUGUACCUGCAUACAUCGAGGACGAGGAGACUAGGCUGGCAGAGGAGGAGGCUAGGUUAAGAUAUACUCCCUCCGUUCCACAAUGUAGUGCUUCCUCUAUCUCCGUGCUUCAACUUUGACCUAAAUUUAACUACCAAGACCGAUUGCGGCGGGAACAAAAGUUAUAUCAGUGAAUUCGUACU